AUGGAAGAAGUCGAAGUAUUGACUACGGAAACUGCCGUACCUCGAGAACUGGGCUUACACGAAAACAAAUUUUGUACUGUUGUCCUUUCCUCUAGCAAAGACGAUUCCUAUUUUGACAUCUAUCUACCCAAGCUUGCCAACUUCCCUGUACUCUCAUUUUCAAAAGCAAAAUCAGCCAAUACCUUGGACGUUUUCCCGUGGCAGUCACAGUUAGCACGAAAAAUGCUUGCUCGCUAUCUGUCGCUCGGGUCAUGGCUGGAUAGGUUGCAUGCUCUAGCCGAAUACUUCGAUAUCCCCAUUGGACAUAUAGAAGGCGACCAGCCUCUGUUGUUUGCUCGCCGACUUGUCCAGUAG